AGCUACUUUCCUGUCUGUCUUUCUAGAGUAUCAGGGGACAUGAGAAAUGGCACUGCAAUCACAGAGUUCAUCCUCCUAGGCUUUCCUGGUAUCCAAGGACUACACAUCCCUUUCUUUAUAGUGAUAUUUUUCAUGUACGUGUUAACCCUUGCAGGCAACGGGCUCAUUAUUGCCAUUGUCUGGGCUGAGCCCAGGCUACAAAUUCCAGUGUACUUCUUUCUUUGCAACCUGUCCUUCCUGGAGAUCUGGUACACCACCACAGUCAUCCCCAAACUGCUAGAAACCUUUGUGGUGGUAAGAACAGCUAUCUGCACCCCCUGCUGCCUGUUGCAGGCCUUCUUCCACUUCUUCCUGGGCACCACUGAGUUCUUCAUCCUCACCAUCAUGUCUUUGGACCAUUACCUGGCCAUCUGCAAGCCCCGUUGCUACCCCACCAUCAUGACCAGCAAACUCUGCCUGCAACUGGCCCUCAGCUCCUGGGUGGCGGGCUUCACCCUUGUCUUUUGUCACAUGGUGCUGCCCAUCCAGUUGCCAUUCUGUGGCAACAAUGUCAUCAAUCACUUCUACUGUGAUGCUGGUCCCAUCCUGAGAGCAACCUGUGCAGACACAAACAUUUUGGAGCUCCUGGGUCUCUUGGCAACCAUCCUGGUGAUCCCAGGGUCACUGUUCACUAUGAUUUCUUACAUCUAUAUCCUGUCCACCAUCCUACAGAUUCCUUCAGCCACUGGCUGCCAGAAGGCUUUCUCUACCUGUGCUCCUCACCUGACAGUUGUCUCUCUGCUCUACGGAGCUGUUUUGUUCGUGUAUCUGAGACCCACAGCACACUCCUCCUUUAAGACGAAUAAGGUGGUGUCAGUGCUGAAUACUAUCCUCACACCCCUUCUGAAUCCGUUUAUUUAUACAAUUAGAAACAAGGAGGUGAAAGGAGCCCUAAGGAAGGCAGUGGCUUGUCCAAAGACUCAUCAUACAGAGUAA